GGAAAAAUAUUGGAAAAAAAUAUCAGACUUGUGCUUGACGCAAGCGAGCAACGAUAUCACACUUGUACCUAACGCAAGCAAGCAACGAACUGAGUUGGACCAAAACCGAAAAUGGCUUUUAUCAGUGUGGUGAAACCGUAAGACUGUGGAGCGCGACGGAGAAUAGCUACCUGGUUUUUUGAGGGGGGCGGUGAAAGAGGAGGCAGCUCUUUCCUUCCGCUCCAGCCAUGGCUCUUGUGACCCUGCAGCGCUCCCCUACGCCUACCGCGGCGUCCUUGGUCAGCACCGCGACCCUAAACGCGGAGGAGGAUUUGGUGAGAGAUGAUGGUCAAAGGGCAAGUCUUAGUCUCAACGAAAGUUUUGUUAUGGUAAAAGGAGCAGCACUCUUUUUACAGCAGGGUGCCCAGGGCCCCAAAACGCCAACCCAUCAUAAGAUAACAGGUGAUCUACCCCAGCACCUGCAAGCGAUGAUUAACGCCCUCCGUUCCGAGGAUAAAAUUAGACUAGCUGUAAGAUUGGAGAGCAGUUGGUCAGACUAUGUGCGCUAUAUGGUGGUUGUUUACACCAAUGGCCAUCAAAACACAGAGGAGAAUAUACUGCUUGGUAUGGAUUUCACAAACAGUGACAGUAAAAUGUGCUCUAUUGGAAUGGUUCUGCCCUUGUGGAGUGAUACCAAGAUCCACCUCAAUGGGGACGGAGGUUUUAGUAUCAGCACAGCUGAAAGGUCUCAUGUCUUUAAACCUGUGUCUGUGCAGGCCAUGUGGUCAGCUUUACAAGUGUUGCACAAAGUGUGUGAAGUGUCUUGCCAGUAUAACUACUUCCCUGGGGGCAUGGCCUUCACCUGGAUGGGCUUCUACGAAAGCUGCAUCUUCUCUGACCAAAGCUGCAUCAAUGAAUGGAAUGCAAUGACUGAUCUGGAGACCACGAGACCGGACUCCCCUGUCUUGUUCUCUGAUCAGCCAACUGAGAGAGAAAGAACAGAAUGUUUAAUCAGAACAAAACUACGAAGCACAAUGAUGAUACAGGACCUGGAGAAUAUUACAUCCAAGGAGAUUAGAAUCGAGCUGGAGCAGCACAUGAGCUUAAACCUGCGAGAGUACAAGGAGUUCAUUGACAACGAAAUGCUGCUCAUUCUGGCCCAAAUGGACAAGGCCACACUGGUCUUUGACCACCUUUACCUGGGCUCAGAAUGGAAUGCUUCCAACCUUGAGGAGCUCAGAGAAUGCGGGAUUGGCUAUAUCCUUAAUGUCACACGGGAAAUUGACAACUUUUUCCUAGGAACAUUUUGUUAUUACAAUGUUCACGUCUAUGAUGAUGAGGCAACAGAUCUGCUGGCUCACUGGAAUGAAACCUACAAUUUUAUAGUGAGAGCCAAAAAAAACAACUCUAAAUGUCUAGUGCACUGUAAGAUGGGAGUGAGCCGUUCUGCUUCCACUGUCAUCGCCUAUGCUAUGAAAGAGUAUGGCUGGUCACUGGAGAAGGCGUAUCAUUUUGUCAAACAGAAGAGGAGUAUAGCACAACCCAACCCAGCAUUCAUGACGCAGCUGGCUGAAUAUGAAGGCAUUCUAGACUCAAGUUGCUUUUUUUGUCACUGCAGCAAGCAGCAACACAACAAACUCUGGCAGCCAGAUUGUGACAACAACUCACUGGAGGACCUCCAAGCAGCAGGUGCCAGUGGUUCCCAGAUGCUUCCUGAGCAAGAGCUGUGCACAUGGAGCCACAAGGAUGCCAGCACGUACCCUUGCUGUGGAGAUGAACCCACAGACCACCUCAACUACAAUUACUACUUCCGCCGGCUCUCAGACACAGCCCUGGACAGUGGACCGUCCACACCAGUGCGUGGCCUGCCACUGUUGGGCAUGGAGCAUGUCUUCAUUGAGAUUGAGGAUGUCGAACGGGAUGCGCUGUUGGAUGACGAGGCUUUUCCCACAGCCCACCUGGGCCUGCCCAGUGAGGGCACUGCAGCACAAACCUAUGGCCGGCUUGAGCCCCUGGAGGACAUGCGUUUGCGGCUGGAGUUCAGCACAGUGGAGGAGGAGGACGAGGAGGAGGCACAGAAGGAAGAGGCAGAGAUGGCGGCUCUGGCUCGGGGGGAGGAGACAGCUCCCAGUGGGAGGGAGGAGGUGAGCCUGGCCAAUCCAAACCGCUUCAACAACGAGAACACCAACAAUAGCAACCGUCUGGCUGGCAAACGCAGCUGCCCUUCUGGCUUUGACGACAGUGCUAGCAGCGGAAACAAAAUGAAGCCCUCUUAUCAGUCAUGCCGAGAUUGCCUGCAUCUGCCGGGCGGGCGGCGUUGUGAGCGCCGCACUCAUCGCCACAACAUUCCGCGCCACGCUGGCCUGUCCAGCAUUUCCAUCCAUGCCACUGGGGCCGAACACCUUAGCUGCUUGCCCAUUCUCUGCCAGCUGCCCAUUGCUUCUAGGCACCAGCUGUCUCGCUGCACUGGUCGCAUUGCCACUGCACCAGCUACAAGUAUGGACACUUACUGCCAAUGCCUGACCUCCCCUAUGAGCUGUGAACAGCUUGCCUCUUGUAACCUUCAAUGCCAUUUGGAGCCAGAGGACAUGGAUGGGCUCCAGGUGAUGUAUGAAGAGGAGGAAGAGGAUGGGCCAAAAGUGGCCCCUGCCAGCCCUGGCACAGAGUUCACAAUAUUGAAGCUAAGCCUGCAGAGUGAGAGGCCCCUGGCAGAGCUCCACCAGGACACCCACCUGUAUGAAGAAGACAGGCUUGGACGUCAGAGACCAGAACAGCUGGAACACAUGGAUCUGGGCAUGGACGAGGUUGUCACAGAGGACAUGGAAGUAGACUUGGGCUCAAUCCCCAGUACAUCCCUUCCCCUUCUGAAUCAUUCCAUCACAAACUUCACUGCAGCUUCCCUGCAACACUGGGCCAUGAUACGCAGCUCCAGCAGUGAAAACAUGCAUGGGGCACAGCUAGGUUUAGUCCACCAGCGAGCACAGGAAAACGGAACACGCUUACGCUUGACUGGACUGCCUACAUCCUCCAGGCUCAAACGUUCUAACUCACUGGCUAAACUUGGUGGCCUGGCCAUUUCCACACAAGACUUGUCAUUUUCUUCAGAGAUCGAGCCUGUCACUAAUAAAAAAUCUCCCAGCUCACCUACACAUGCAGUAUUGGCACCUUUGCUGUAUACUUUCCCUGGCUAACUUUUGAUAAGGUAAGAGAUUGCUUUCACAAUGUACAGUGCACAGUAUAUGUAGUUGCUCUGCAUUCUGAAAGAGGCCCACAGUUAUUAACUGUGACUUGAGGCUGGUCUUACAAAAUGCCUCACAAGUGCAUUUAGGUAAUGGUCACAUCUCAGUCCUCUUGUUAGCUGUUUCUUAUACAGACAGUUCUUAUAGUUAGUGUAGUGAACCACAUUUCCCAUCUCUAUCUGUGCUAUAACUGUGGCUGUGCUUAGAGAACUUUAAAGAAUAUAAACCCAAUUUGGUUGUGGUCUUGUGCAAAUUUUUAGGAUUGAAAUUACUAGUAGAACACUAGGAAGGUGUAAAUAAAAAUUAAGAAGUGGUAGAUAUGUCCAGAAAGUAAAAUUAACAUCCACAAUUCCCUUCCAAGAUGUCUCUCAUUUACUUUUUGUAGAAACACUGUCAAUGAUCAAAACUAGGGAUUUGGGUGCAUCAUAUCAGAGUACAGUGGGCAGUUGGGAAGGGGAGAUUAUGCUAUGCAUGCACCCAUGCAGUUUUAUCAGAAGUCACUUACAUUCAGUGGGUGACGAGUGAAAGGGCUGGUGUGGCAAGCAUUGAAAAAUUUAUUUUAGAAAACUUUUAUUUAUCUGAACUGUUUAGUAUUUAAUUAGAGCUCUGUAGACUCUAGAUGCUUUAGCGCAUAAAAUAUCAAAAAUCAUAUUGUAUUAAUAACCUCCUAAUAUUUGCACCUAUAUUUUUAUAAUAUAUAAUACACAGUGUAGUGUUAUCCAGUUAUGUUUCAAGGAAACUUGGUUUCAAAUAAUUUGAUUUCACCUGUGAAGUAAAUUGCUGUUCCAGAGCUUUUAUUUGUUUCUCCAUCACCACGGCAUUUUUUUUUUAUAGAAGUGUUAUAUACUCUAUAAGAAGUUCCAAUAUUGCGUUACUGUGCGAACUAAAACAGUCUUAACUAGAAAACACCAAUUGUAAACACUACAUGUAGAGGUAGGUGAAGACAUUGCCUUAAAUGACACUAAACUGUUCUGUGAAUAUAAAUAUGUAAACUGUUUUAUAUUGUGUACUGUAACACUAUAUUACGAUGCCCAUAGCCUUUUUGAAGAGUGUAUGUGAACAAUAAGUUUUGAUGCCACUCCACAAAAGUGGGCUAUAGACUAAACAAGGCUCAUGAGGAAAAGAGGAUAGCCUAUUUAAGGAAUCCUAUUUAACAACAAUUUCCCAGAAUCAGUGUUGGCAAAUCCAAGUAAAUAUUGUUGAUUAAGAUAAAGAGAAGAAUGCAGUGAAAUGAAAAUGUAGAGGACUAUGUGUCUUAUAGCCUUUCUCCACUGUUCUUGUAUUUAUCAAAGAUUCACAGUGUGCUUCUAGCACAUAGCUUUUAAAAUGGAAUUUAGCUUAAGCUGUUUUUGUACAAAAUGUAGUGCGUGAUGUGCAAACAAGUUUUAGCUUUAACACAUCAGUAGCCCACAGUCCGCAAAUGUACCAGAGGAUGAAUAUUUUGAUGUAAAGUUGAAAUAUUAAAUUAUAAUCUAAUAAUAGGUUACAUGUCUGAGGCCAUAGCCUUUUUGCUAAAACCUGGUUUUGCAAUUUAUUUAUCAUAGUUAAGGUAUGUGUAAGUCUAAGAGGUCCAACUACAGUGUAUAAAGCUUCACCUUAUGGUAAUGAGCAGUACUUGCUAGUCGUUUGACUGCUGUUCAUUGCUGAGUAUAGCAGACCACCUAGUUGUAUGUGUGCCAUGCUGAAAUAUAAAGUAUUAUAAUUUAUUGCUGUAAAGAUGUUGUUUUAUUUGUUGCUUUUUUUUUCAUUUUGUGCUGCUGUUACAUUGUAUCCUCUUUAUUGAUGUAUUUUUGCAAGAUUUAAAGUAUGCAAAAAGGGUUGUGCAAUAAGUGAAAGCUAAAAUUUGAAGUGCAUCAGCAUUAUGUGCUGUGAAUUAGAGGUAACUUUUGAGUUCACAAAAAGUGAACGUAAAAAGGAAGGACACCUGAAGGACUAAGGUGACGUGUGCACUCUGUGUGGGACAAUCAGUUAUGUGCAGACAUUUUCUUUUUAAAGCUGACAUCUUUUUCAGCUUUCUACCAAAAUCUGUUUGAAGGUGGUUUAGACUUUUGAAUUUUUCAUUCCUUCCUUGUUCAACAAUACAUUGUAUAUUCUUGGAAAAAUGACUUAAUGGAUUGCUUCAGAGCUACAAGCAGAAUAAAAACCCCUCACCACCUCUAAUUUCCUCAUCUAAACAUGAUCUUGAUAGACUGUGACCCAAAUGUACAAUGCAUUUUGUGGCAAUGUGGUAUUAUUGUCUCUUGCUGUAAUCCGAAAUAUGAAUUGUAAUAAUGCCAUACAAACCAUCGCUCGCAGCAUGUUAUAAUCUUAAAAAAAAUAAAAGAAUCCGGAAUGACUAAAUCUAAAAAAGAAUCCAGAGACCUAUUAUCAAACUUUCAUUUUCAACAUUUUCAAUGUUCAAUGUAAGUAACAGCUGAGAAGGGGUGGAGAAUGUUAUAUCAGAAUAUUGUCACUUACCUGCUAUUUAUGAUAGUAACAAAAUUAACUCGUAUGUAUAAUGUGGCUCUUUGUGAUCACUUACAAACUUUUUAAAAAGGCUAAUUUUGAGUUUUCUAUGCUGCUCUUCCAUAGUUGAGUGCUGAAACUAUUGUUUUAGAAUAUGUUUCUUUUUUCAUACUUUGAAGUGCCUUAUCUAAGAACAUUUUUCAAUCUGUUUCUUCAAUGAAAUUGCUGCUUUUUGGUUUCUGUUUUGUAGCUUACUAUUUUGUAUUUUGAUAGAGUGGAGACCAAAGUCUUAAUUUUUAAGCCAAAUCUUUAAAAACAUUAGCACUUCAUGACAUUAAAAAACAACUUAAUAAAAAAAACAAAAUAAAAUUGGGACCGCCAUCCAACAACUCCAAAGCUCUAGGUGAAAUGACUGAAAAGAUGACUUACAGAAUAGCACAGUCUCACUAAUAUUUUCUUUGUUUCCCUGUUUUAUACUUAAAUCAUAUUUUUUGCACUGCGUAUAGACUAAGUUAACUUGUACUUUUUGUAAUAAUGUUAAUGUAGUACUGUCUUGUAAAUGAGAGAAAUAAAUUGUUUGCUGUCUGUAUCACCAA